AUGUAUACACCCCAGCCCAUCAACCCACUCCACACGCAGGUGGUGUAUAUAUGCAGUAUCCUUGGCCUCAUCCAUCUACACAUCAGCUUCCAUCGUCGCAGCCACAUGUACAACAUCAGCAUCACCAUUCUUCUCAGCCUCAGCCAGCUCCCAACCCUCCAGCUCCUCUGGCUACGCAAUACUCUCCCUACGUACCUCCUGUUCCUCCUUACGGUCCUUACCCGAACUCCCCUACAACACCUGCAGCCAUCGCCUCCCCAGAUGUCAGGUCAAGUACCUUAUUCACAGGAUAACAGAAUGAUGAACGGCCAUAAUGGCACGGGGAUCGUCAAUGACGAUUCAAUGGUCCAUACCCGGUCAUUUUCUGGUACAUCCGUAGGCCAACAUGGAAAUAUGAAGCAGCGUGGUGCUCCUCCUGCACGCCACGCUUGGAGUUAUGGUCCGGGUGUCGGCAUGGGAGGCUACGGAGUCGGAAAUAUCAACAAUACAUGCUCAAUGGCUGGCGAAACAGUCGGUCCCCGCUUGAGCUCAACUAUGCGAAGGACUUCUGGUACCUCCAGCAGUAGUACUGGAAACAGGACUCCAGGUGAUGAAGCAUCUUCCACUGCAUCCUCUUCGACGACUUCGUCGUCUUCGCGUAGAACAUUUACUUCAACUUCAUCGCAGCAUCCUCUCCCUGCCAGACCUGACUGGGCCGUCGGAUUAAAGCCUCAGCCUACGUUACACGCAACGCAUCCUCGUCAUCAUGAUCACUCUUUGAAUAGCUCUCGCAAUAUGUCCCCUGCUCGAAACAGCGGACAGCUUAAUACUGGGGUAUCUCAUCAACCUCACCAACUAACAUCAAACGUUCUUCAACCGACCGAUUUUCCUCCUCUGACGACACUCUCACCUGGAGCAGAAAAAAGAGCGAUACCCGUUGCUGGUGCCUGGACAAACUCUUCUUCAACUCGGUCAAUUCUGAUGCCAGGACCGAGCCCUGCUGGAAAUGUUUUGGUCCACCAUUCCAAUACUCAUGUCAGCGGCAAAGACAAUUCACGUCUUGAAGACUCGGAACGUGGUUUUGAAAGACCACCCCCAAAAGGAAACGUAGAAUUGUUCAAUCCAAAAGGCGUAUGGAAAUCUGGUGCAAAUCCUCAGAGCCAUCAACCUUCACCAGACCGAUUUGAGAAGGACAGAUUGGAGAAAGAAAAGCUACGUGGUGAGGUUGUAGCCAACGCCAUCUUGGUCGAUAAAGUCGCAACAAUGUCCGUUGAAGAUAAAGAUACCACGUGUGCUGCGCCUCCUCCGGUUGCGCUGGCGACGUAAGGGACUUAGCGUUGCGGUUAUCGUUUGCUAUCUGAUUGUGCACUACUUGCUUCUGCUAAGUGCGUUGCACAUCAUGCUUGUUUUCUUUUUUCUUCUUCAUAAGUAAUUCGAACUUGAGGAGGUGUAUGAAUUCUUUCAUACCGCUAGAUAUAAUAAGCAUAUGUUUGUAAACAUAUAAUGUGUUCGUCCAAGCAAACAAUGUAACAAAUUUUUAUGUAGCUAU